AUGGCCUCCCAGGUGUAUCAGAGCUACCACAAGGACUGUGAGGGUGUUGUUCACAAGCAGAUCAAUCUGGUGCUUUCUUUUUCCUAUGUUUAUCUCUCCAUGGUGAUUGUGGUGUUCUCUGGAUUUAUUUCAGAUUUAAAGCUGUGGUCUCCUUGUAUUGUGGGUGUAGGAUCUCUCUACAUCAUUCAAUUCAUUGAUGUGUCUUGUCUCUUACCAUCCACCCCGACGCUGCCGCUUCAGAAGCCUGACCAUGGCAAUGGUCUGGAGGCAAUGCAGGGAGCUCUGCAGAUGGAGAACGAUGUGAACCGGAGUCUGCUGGAUCUGCACAAACUCUCCUCUGAUCACACAGACCCUCAUUGCAAGUGCAGAGUGCACAAAAAAGUCAAUGAAAACAUUUCCCAUGUAUCUGACUACACUUAUUUGGCUGUUCAUUAUCUGAUUAUUAAAUCCGUAAGGCUUUUUGCUCUCUGCAUUGAAUCAAUGCGUGCCCUGGCAAUUUUUGUUCAGUUUCUGAAUCCAGAGCCAGGAGAAUUUUUGAAUGACCUGUCCAUCUUGGGUAUCCUCCAGUAUCACACCAAUGUCAUCGUCAAACUGGAGAAGUAG